GACGAAAAAACCAACAGAGGCAACUGAAGGACUUGUACUUAUUCGUACGCCUAUUUGUACUCAGUACAACUACUUUGUACAAAUCUAGCAUGAAAUUUGUACUCUUCUACCUACACCUUCACUACUUUAGCUUGGCUGUAGUAACCGCAUUUUUUAUAUCAUCGGUGUUCGAUAUCGCGAUCGCUACAUACAAGUAGAUACAACUAAGAACACGUAGGACAACGGAUAGACUCGUUUUUUUUUGGCUCAACAAACAUCAACUGUACAAUCGCGACGACAACAAAAAUCAUUUUCAGCUUCGUUGUAAUUUUGAUGUUAAAACGAAAGACAGAACACGAAGUCGAAGACGAGAGGUUACCUAGGUGAACCACAAAAACACAAAAAUACUAGUCGUCGACAACGGAGAAGAACAGUUUCGUUUAAGUGCAACAUCAGCGUCGCACGGGACUACAACAUACCAUCUGAUUAGUAAAAAGAAAACGUUGGCUACAAAAAAACUAAAUCCAGUCGUUCUGGGUCGUGAGAGGAAAUAGUACUUUUUUGUGUAGAUAAAGAUUCGAACAAGAAAUAUUCAUUUUUAGUACGACACCGAUAGCGAUACGAGUUUGCUUUGAAGCCAGCUUACGAAUUUGCUUCAUAGCUUUUACACAAGUGGGUCGUCGAACUAUCAGAGAUCGUCGGGAAAGAUAAAAAUCAAUAGGGAGCUCGGCAUUACUUACAAAGAGCAGCAGCAGUCGUAGCGAUUCGCUUGAGCGUUGGCAGAGACGGAGACAAGUAUCAUUCGACAGAAGACUAUACAGCUUUCGGAAGUUUUCACACGCAACGAAACCACAUCAAUCGAUUCGAUCGUACCAACCGGUUAAUUAUCGGCCACGUUGAAAAAUAUUGCUUCUCGGCUUUACUGUAGUCCCCGGAUUCUGGAUGUGAUUGUGUCACAUUCGGAGCCGCACCCUUUUUUGAAACGGCGCAGUUUCAAUCGAUGAAACGUACCCGACCCCAGGAGGGAAGUGUUAGUCCAGGAAGCGUUACUCCGUUAGUCCCCGCAAUCCACCCCGCACAGACCACCGGCGGGAACAUCAACCACACGAACUACACUAACCAAGUUUCUACUUCUUCCAAGAACAGUAAGGCACCGGCAGGCCCUGCUGGUCCCGGAAAAUCUGAAGUCAUUGCGUCGUUGGCUGGGCACUCGUCGUACCAGGUGGUGGACCCGAGUGGCAACAUGCAGAUGUCCAAGCGCUACUACACGGAGUACGCCGACGUGGUGAAGGCGGGCCAGCGGUGCAGCACCAACUUCAAGAAUGCGUGGCACGCGUACUGCGAAAGCCAGGGGCAUGUUAUGUACGACCCGGCGAAGCACGAGGUCACCUUCAUCCAGGGCUUCCUCGACAACCUCGGGAAGGGCUACCUCACCAUGGCGGGGCAGCAGCACCAGAUCACGCAGAACGGCGUGACGGCCUACCCCAACGCGGCUCAGUCGAACACGUCCACCCCCGCGAACUACGGCGGCAGCCGCUACGGCUCCGACGGCGCGUACACCAGCGACGGCACCCCCGCCGGCAUGGACUACAACAGCAGCGGUGGCGGCUACACCCCGGCCGGCGGCAAGAAGGGCGGCGGCAAGGGUGGAAACAACUACGGCUACGGGGCCGCCCCCGGCAAUUACCAGAACGGCGGCGGUGCGGGGAAUUACGGGUACGGAGCCAGCAACAGCCAGCAGCCCACGCAGAUGUACAACCACCAGCAGGGUCAGGCCAGCCAAACCGCAGCCAACGCGUCUGCGCUGGGCCGGGUCAUAGAACUCGUCAAGCAGGGGCAGCGCAACUCGGCGGAGUGGAAGACCAUGUGGAUCGACUGGGCCCAGGAGAACGGGAACGGUGUACACGACCCCACCCGCCACCAGGCCUGCUUCAUCAUCGCGUUCGUCCUCAAAUACGGGUUGGCAGGUACUACGUAUUUGCUUAGAUUUUAUAUUACGACUCUCGUCGUCCUCGUGCUCGUUUUUUUGACAGGGGUGCGGAGAUAGCAGAUUUUGUGUGUGUGUGUAAGGCUACAUUAGUCAAUUUUUUGUUUGAAUUAAAUGCAAUACAGAAGUCGUAUCCGCACCGUGGGCCAGCCCGUACUUGGUGUCAUUGGGGGAGCUGGCGAAACCCUACAUGGUGUCAUCGAUCAAAAAAGGUAUAGCUCUCGACGUUUUAUUCACGGAAAUUUUCAUUUUUGCCAUUCUGAUUGUCGUGGAAGCCGCAAGCACCUCUCUUGGUAAAUCAAUAAUAUCCACCACGACUGACAGGUCAAAGUAUCUCGGAAGUUUGGAAGGAGCAGUGGGGUCUGUUUGCGGACAGCAAGGCCAAUGGAACGCGCGAUCCGAACCGGCACGACGCGGGGUCCUUGAUGGAGUUCUUCGAUACCAUCGCCCUGCAGCAAUUCAGCACGGAAUCCUGGAUGCUGCCGUACGUGAACGGCUCCGAGCCGGUCUACAGUUCCAGCUAAAGUGUUGGAAACGCUACCUUAUUAACGUAUUAUAAUUGUGCUGCUGCUUUUGAAAUUCCAAUUCUUGCUUCUUACUCUUCAGUUUCUUUUUUUGCUUGAUGAAGAGAUUAAUUCAAGAUGAUGAAUAAAUCGCUGGCUGAGCGAGUUUCAAAAAGAUGCUUCAUCAUAAAUUGAUUCGCACAUGAAAAACAACACGAACAUUCCUCAAUAAUUAAAAAUACAGAUCGACAAGGACAAGGAUAUGCCGAUCGUUUUCUAGCUGCAGCCCGACACAACCUGUCGCAGUACUUGCAGCCGAGAUCGACCGGUGCGUGUGUCAUUGUACCAUGAUGGUAGUAAAAAAUACCCCUGCACCACCCGCAGCAGAUUUUGACAUAGCAGUUUACUUGACACCUAUAGCAGAAGUAAGUUCGACGCGCUUGCGCUUCUGAAAAUAAACGUAUACAAAAAAACUCCAACAUCAACAGCAGAACCAAAAACAAAUAAGAAAAACUUAAGCGGAUUGUUUCACACAUCAAAGAAGGAUCAUUACCGUAGCGGAAUACGAAUUCCCAGAUUGGAAUCGUGUAAUAGCCUCCGAGGCUAGCUUUAAGUCAUGUCGUUGUAGAAUCCUCAGCACCUUCUCCUCCUCCCGGGGUCGCUGAUCUAUUCUGAAACUCGCCCGAGCAAUUUUCUAAAAGGCUGUUCGUCUCACAAAACCUGACAGACCCAUUAUUUUUAUUUUAUCAGAAUAUGUAAGUUACUAUCUUCCCGAGCUCGCGGUACCAACAGUAGACUAGACUCGUUUAAACGUACUUGUAUGCCUCUUUUCUCUUCUAUACCAGCAACAACAGUAUGUUGUAGUCCCCUUUUCUAUUACCUGUAGUAUCUCCCUCCAGCGGCAGCAAGAAUGGCGGUAGAUAAAAAUUUUCGCAAUUUGUCACUUAAACGUACCUCGCAAAUACACGAGCUAAAAAUGCUAAUGUAUCAAAGAGACGGGGCUAGGGCUACAGGUACAGGAGCUAAAAAACUACACUUGUCGACGCAUGAAGUAAAGCCGUGCUAAAAGGUCUUCGCUUUAGGGUAACGAGGAGCUUUCUCGUAGCUGUUUUUUACGUACGCUGGUAUGUGGCGUUGUGAGCAGAAGUAGCACCCCACCGAUGAAGAGUAGACUGACAGCUGGCGCGACUUUUGGGUAGGAUUAUCGCAACGUGGUACCAGAGGAUGACUGAACCCAACGUAUAACACGCCACUUGAAGGUUGAUCUUGAUUAGCGCACUUUGCAGUGCUUGGGGGCCCUCCUCUACUUUUAAAGCAAGUUUGUAGCAUGUGAGCACAAAUAAAACGAGCAUGGAGAGACAGCAGUGUACUUUCGGAUUUUACAAACCAAUGUAGCCAAGAGCAAAAAUAAGGUGCCACUGCUCCUCUCUAUCUUCUGGAAGAAGUAGUGUGCACGAGUUUGCGACAACUAUAUUGGCUAUCCUAGCGACCGCCCUGCAUUUUCUUCUAUGCUGAAAAACCAAAACUAAGAGAAUGCCUCAAGCAACGCGCAUUCGAACGAGGACUAGGCCUCCUGGUGAGAGGAAUGAAAUGCGUGUGGACACAAAUAAUUUCACUCCCAUAAUCACCUUUGAAAAGAAAGCAAAAGCAAGACGGAACGACCCCUGAGCUGACCCCUGUUUGAGUUGUCGGAUUUUGCGGAAAGCGUUCCCGAUGCAAAAAGUUCUUGUCCUCACCCCGGUCGAACAACGUUUCAGGACGAUGUAGUGUCUGUGCUAAAAUGUACGUGUAUCACAUGGGCUGAAGUUAUAAUGUGCCUCUUGCUUCUGUACGUAGUGCAUCGUAAUCGCAUAAUGCCCACUUUUUAGCUGAAAAUUGUUUCCCGGCUACAAAAAUUAUGUUAAAAUACGAUUAAGUACAGCAGGAGCAGCUGCUAGCGCAGAAUCUUGUGCCUGUGUGGGUGCUUUUUUUUUUGGGCUUAUUGAGGUUUGUUAUUUCAACCCAUGUUGAUUGAAAUUGUGCUUGUCUUUUCCUCUUAACACAGUAAAAGCGGUUUGGUUUCGUGCCAAUCUCCCCAGGUAGCAGGUAGCAGAUGAGCCUCUUCGUCAUCGCGGAAGAUGCUUCUGCACUGCAAGAGCCCCAUGAUGAGAAGUACCCGUUUCAACGUUUCACCUCGCAACCUUCCCAGAGAGCUUACAGCUUAUGCGCUUCUGUAUCCCCCGACGCAGCAGGCACAAGUAGCGGUCUCGUACCAAAACACCACCCUUCUAGUCGUGUAGUUUCGCAGCACGACAAGUUUCCACACCAAGAACCACUUGCCCGAAGUAGAUGGAAGUGUAGACUGCCCGAGUGACCCGGCGGACGAAGAAGGAUUUCGAAGAACAACAGGCGGACCAUAAGCAUCGAACCAUUGAUCUUGAUGCAGCAAAACGUAAUAAAACCACAGAAUGUCUUCGUCCCUAUAUAAUGAAUCUGAAGCUUCUUGUAUUAAUGCU